UUGUCAUGUAGCAAACUAGUUUCAUUUUGUGGAAACUCGGACAAACAAAUUUGCUUGUCUUGAUUUUAAAUAUUGAAAAUAUUAAAGUUUAAGUGCAUUUUAAGAACAAAUUUCAGUGAAAAGGCCACCAUCAAACUUCUGGCUGCCGAAAGCAAAAGUCAGGAGAUUGUGGAAUACGGCCAUUGGCCUGGAAAAGCGAGAAAAAAAAGACGCAUGUGAAUUUUUACCAUGUAUUGUGUGCGAUAAAACCAGAUGAUAGGCUGUGUGCAAGCGAGAUAGCAAGCGUCGACGGACUGUCAGAGUAGACACAAAACUUAGUGCUGGGCCCGAUCCCAUUUCCGAAUAAAAUUAUUAACUAGUGCGAGCUCUCACCUUCCGCCCGUCAUCCGGAACGAGUCAGCACCUCAAAAGAUAACAAUUUUGAUUGAACGCGCAAUAUGGCGGAGGUGGUAGAGGAGCUGCCCGCAGCAGCCGCCGCCUCAUAUGCGGACGAUGUCGGUGCUUCUGUUAUUGUUGAGCCUGUAAUAGGAUUGCCCCUCACUGUCAAUGGCACGGGCAGAACCCUUCCACCGGCAGCUAUGAAAUUCGCCGAUCUCACAGAGAGUGGCAGCGAAAGUGGCGACGGCGACGGUGAAGGCGAAGGCGAUAGCAGUGCCAACGCCAACAGCAACGGCAACGGGGAGCCGGGCACCAGUGCAUCGGGCAGUGGCCGGACCUCGCCACCGCCCAACUGUGCCAUCUGCCUGUCGCGCUGCAGGCGAAAAUGCUUCACCGACUCGUGCAUGCAUCAGUUUUGCUUCAAGUGCCUCUGCGAAUGGAGCAAGGUGAAAGCCGAGUGUCCGCUGUGCAAGCAGCCCUUCAAGACGAUCAUCCACAAUGUCCGCACACUGGAUGACUUCGACAGCUAUCCGGUUCAGAACUCAUCACCGCCCAUACAAGAUCACCAUCCAGCGCUGCGCUUUCAAAUUGUACGACGUCCCAGGUUCAUGCCGCUGGUGCAGAACCGGUCGUCGAUGACGAACGACCUGGACGGCGCGGCGGCUGGUGAUGGUUCACAGGAUGGCCUGCCCACUGCUGAAUCGUCGGGUGGCCGCCACUCGUACAAUCGCUUCGAACCGUACCGCAUGGAGUUGAUGAAUUUCUAUCGUCACGACCAGGAUCCCGCCAUCUCGGGCAGUUCCCUGAGCCAGCUCUGGCGGCGCUACGUCUAUGAUCGCAAGCUAUAUGCUCUGCCAGUCAGUGAUAGCCUCACCGGCCACUUCCGCGAGUGGAGUGCUCGUUUCUACAGAAACAAUCCUGCCCAGAUGCACCGCCUGAUGCCGUGGAUACACCGCGACAUUGUGUGCCUGCUGAGAAAUGCCGCGCACAGUGUCAGCACCGUGAUGCAGUUGAUGCAAGACAUGCUGCCCUUGACGAACAUACUGGGACCCACAUUCCGGCGCCGAUUGUCACCGUUCUUGGGCGAGCGGACCAGUCACUUCAUCCACGAGCUGUUCAACUUCGCCCGCUCCCCAUUCGACAUGAUUGGGUACGAUCAUGUGGUCCAGUACUCGGCCCGUGUUGCGGAGGAGGUGGAAGUGGAUCUGCUAGACAUGGUCGAAACGCAGUCGUCCAACGAGAGUGACUUACAUUUGGAGGUGGGCGAUGGGGAGACUGCGAACGCCGAGUCCUCCAACGACUGGAACGCACCCAACGAUCGUCCGUCCACCAGUGUGAUUGUGACCAAUCCCGGUGCCACACAUUCCUUCAGCGUGACAAUGAACAGCGAUGGCAGCGAGCUACCAGGUGUACGGCGUACCACCACCUCAAACGUCAGCUCCCAGACGGUGGCCAUCAACUUGAGCAUGCGGCGUCCGGCCAGCGAGUCGGAAGUGAUCGAGAUCGAUGACGGCGAUGCCGCUGCCAAUGCCGAGGUGGCCGCCAUCAACGAUGGCAGCAACACAAACAGGCGCCAAGCCGGCGCCAGCAUCCCGAUUAGUGCCCACAUUGAGCUGGAAAGCAGCAGCAACUCCAGCGAUGAUGAUGAGUGUGUCUUUGUGCUGGAACUGAAGCCGCCGCAUUUGCGGACCCCCGAGCAGGUGACCCUCGACUCCAACAGCGACUCGGACGUUGUAUUUGUGAAUGAAGAGAAUGAGAGUGCGUCGGCCACCCAGCGUCCGUCAGCCACAGCAACAGCCGUAAAUGAUGCGGAAGAGAACGAGGCUCAAACGGCCAAUCAUGGCCUAUACAUGGGUCCCAGUACAAGCGCUGCCGCCAGCAAAGGCAAAAACUGGAAGCAGUGCUACGACUACGCACGUCGUCAGGAUCUUUUACGCAUCGCUGGCUCCACACGACCCAAACGCACCAGCAAUCCUCCUCGUCUCAUUCCCCCAGUUAGCCAAAGCAACAGUUCGAGCAGUAGCAGCAGCAGCUUCUGCAGUAGCACUGCCACACCAAUGGGUGCCCACCAGUGGAGCACGAGCAGCGACGACAGCAGUGAAAGCAGUGGCAACAGCGAAAUCGUUUUGGCGGAGGCCAAAAGUAGACGCCGCAAAGCCUUGACACGCAAGCGUCCGGCUCCACAGAAGCUCAAGAGAACAACGCGAAAGCGCAGCUGGCGACAAGUGGAGCAGGCGCCGGAACAAAGUCCCCCAAAGGAGGAGGAUGAGGAGGAGGAGGAAGAGAAGAAGCAGCCGGUGGCUGAGCCCGAGGCUGAAAGCAGUUCCGAUGGUAGUUCAAGCGAUGAUGAGUCGGGAGGCGACAGUAGCGAAGCGAGUGAACCCAAAAAAAAGAGUAGCAGUGACGACUCGGACGAUGGCAGCCCGGAACUAAAUCUUCAGCUAAGCGCCUUGCGGGCCGCUUUGCGUUCGGAGGCAGUGUUGGAGGAUCGAAAGCCGCUCGAGCUGGAGCUGCAUAUGGCGCAUGAGGAGGAGCGAGAGCAGGAACAGCAGCCACAGGCGCCACAGGGGAUUAUGGAUCAGCAGUCGGAGGAAACGCAGCCAGAGUGCAGUGCGCCGAAGCGUCGUCGCAGCUGUAGCAACAGUAAUCUGUCCAGCCACAGUGCCAGCGUAGCGAGCAGCACCACAGCCAGCUCCAGCUCGGCUCUGAGCUCCUUCAACUGGCAGGCAACGAGCUAUGCGAGUGACCCUCUGGUGCGGGGCAGUGGCACCACCGACGUGCACGACAUAGCCCACUCACUGAUUGAACUGUCCACGCUGACGCAUGAAAGAAACGCCGGGGACGGGGCAGACGUGGACGUGGACGUGGACGUGGACGAAGGCGUCAGUGGAGGCUUGUUCAAUGAUCAGUCGAGUGGAGUCGAGGUGGCGAUUAGCUUUAUACGCCAUGCACUGCCUAACACUGCCAAUAGCCUAGAGGACAAUGUGCAUCUGGGACUGUACUCGGACGUGGACGCAGAACCUUUGGUGGAAGCAGAUGCGGAUACUGCCACAGCCACCGAAGACCAGGAGGAAGAUGAAGACGAUGAUGAUGAUGAAAAUGAAAAUGAAGAUGAGGAUGAAGACGACGAUGAUGACGAUGAUGAUACCAACCUACCUAUGUAUAAGCAAAAUUUAUUGAAAUGUUAUGAGAACGACGAUGAUGAUCAUGAGGGUAAUGAUAAUGAUAACGACAAUGAGGAGGACGACGACGAUGACGACGACGAUGAUGAUGAUGAUGAUUAGCGAGAGGAGCAGAGCAACGAUGCAAUGUUCGAUGCUGCCUUGACGUUGGCGUCUCUAGCAUAAGCUUAUUACUCUAAAAACUGUUCUCCUAUUUUGAAUCGUUAAAUAUAUUGACCUUGUCCGCUAUAUAUUUUAAUAUAUUAUUUAAAUUGUAAUUUAAGCAAAUAGUUUUAUCCUAGGCCUAAGGUUGCCAUGUUAAGUUGUAAAUAUUAAAACCCCCUCUAUACCCCUAUUUUCCGUAUAUGUUUGUAUACCUACCUACCUAGCUAUGUAUAAGCAACAUUUGUAUAAUGUUAUCCCACGCCACUAAAGUAUCCAGUCCCCAAUGGGAUCCUCCAUCCGAUAUGUGAUCCCUGAUCCCGAAGAUUGUCCCAUACCCAACACAACAACCCUUCCCCGCACAUGUUGUACAUUUUGUUUUUUAAGAGGAUCUUAAAA